AUCCUUGUCAUUUUUUUUUCUUUUCCUUUGAUGGAUUAUUGGAUAUGUAUGACUUCCAAUGGAAAUAAAAUUCAUGGUUUCUCAUGUUUGAGUUUUUGUGGAAUCACAACAUGAGAAUAAAAGAAAAGUGAAUAAAUAAUGGCUCGGGUUAAGUUAUUUUAUUUAUUUAAAAAUUAUAAUAGUAAUUAUUAUUACUAUUAUGAGCAUAAUAGUAAUAAUAAUAUGCUUGAAAUUAUUUUAUCUUAUUAUGUGUAAUUUUUGAUUUACCAUAAUAUUAAAUAUUAGAAUUUGUGAAAAGACCAUAAUACCCUCAAGUUUGGGAUUGGUUCAAGGGGCAUUUUAGAGACUUUAUUUCUUCUGUUUUAACAUGAUUAAAUAUUCAUAAAAUUGAUUAAAUUUUUGAAAUUUAACUGAUAAUAUCAGUUGUGGAACUUAGUCAAUUUAUUUUAUUUUUUUUUUAAGAAAAAAAAAAUAAAUUCCUUGAAAAGAGGAUUUUACCACUUCAAACGCUAAUUUAUUUUUUUUAAACCUAUUUCCAAAACGUGUUACCAUGAUAAUCUGAUGAAGAAAUCGUGGGAAUAUUGAGGGAAUCAAAGGAUUGAAGAGAGAGAGUGUUCUUAUCGUUUUUUUUUUAAAGAGAAGAAAUUUUUGAGUUCUUGCACUUGGGAAAAAUCUGGGCAGUAAAGAGCAUUGUAGAAUCAUUCUAGGGGAGGAAAUAAACAUUUUGAGUGUGAGAAAUACAUUUAUAAAGCCUCGGAUUGUGAUUCACCAUUUUUAUCCAAGAAAAUGCAUAUUCUUGGAUAAUUUUGGAUUUAAGUGUGUUCAAGAGUGUAUGGUGUGUGUGGUUGGUGAUAAACAAGCUUAGGGGACUCCAAUAAUCGGUUUUGACGUGAAGAAAUGGGCUGAAAUGGUCUAGAGCAAGAAAAACUAAUUUUGAGCUCCAUUUUUGGCGGUACACCGGACUUGGAGAAGAAGACUUCGGAACAAGGGGUUACGGACAUCUUUUUGGGCUGGGGUCUAUUGAUUUGAAGUUCUGGACAUAAGGGGAUCAUUUUCCAAGCAAGAGAAGGAUUGGAAAGCAGCAAAAGUCAGCCAUAGAGUCGCCGUCGCCGGAGAAGAAGACAAAACCGGCGAUAUUCCCGGCGAACCCGAUCUGGGUGUUUACUGAGGAGCUAGUGGUCAUCGAGGUGACGCAGCGAGUGGUUCGGGACACGUCAGCGGAAAACGCACUGUGUAAGGAAAUUGAGAAUGCUCCCUCGUAGAUCAGUCAGAGUAGGACGUGGUCGAGGUAGGGGGAGAGCAGCAAUGAAUGCAGCACAGCCCGAACCGCCACAAGGAUGGGAGGAACGUCUUGCGAGAAUGGAAGAGACCAUUCAAAGACAGAACGCAGAGAUCAAUCAACUGAGGCAGCAAGCUGGGCCACCUGUAAGGUCUGAAGCACCAAUGGUUAGUCAGCCACCUGCCAUCGUAGGGUUACCAGUUGCGGAGAAUCGUAUGGAGCCUUUGUUUGAAAGGUUUCGAAAGCAACACCCGCCAGUGUUUGAAGGCAGCAUCGAUCCUGUCCAGGCAGAGGAGUGGAUCAGUGGGAUGGAGAGGAUCUUGAACAUGAUGGGAGUUCAAGGAAAUGAACGAGUGGUGUGCGCAUCUUUCAUGCUGAGAAAAGAUGCUCGGAUUUGGUGGGAGGUAGUGGAGCAAUCACGGGAUGUUAACACUAUGGAUUGGGACGGAUUCAAACAAGUGUUUAAUGAUAAAUACUACAACUCAGCAGUGUUAGCAGCAAAAAUGGAUGAAUUUACCAAGCUGACUCAAGGUAAUCUCUCGGUGACAGAAUAUGCACAGAAGUUCGAUCGGUUGGCGAAGUUUGCCAAGGAUCUUGUACCUACUGACAAGGUACGAGCGGACCGGUUUGUGAGAGGUCUAAAACCAAUGAUAGCUCGGGAUGUGGAGAUUGUUUCUAGAGGUGCUUUCACCUAUGCUGAAGUGGUGGAAAUGGCUCUUACGGCUGAAAGAAGCGAAGAGAGAAUCUGGAAAGAUAAUGCUGCUAGAAGAGAUGCUAAGAAGAGUGGGGCAACCACCUCCACUGACAAUAGGAAAAGGGUACAGGACCAGCCAAGCCAAGCCAGAAAUGAUAAACGGCCCAAGCCCAACAAUGACAACCGUCCUGGUGGAAAUGGUAGCAGAAACAUUCCACCUUGCCCUAAGUGCACAAAACGCCAUCUUGGUGAGUGCAGAGCUGGAGUUUGCUACAAAUGUGGGAAGGAAGGUCAUGUGAAGCGCAAUUGUCCGACAUGGGAACAAUCUGGCAGUAAGGAAGAACAGAAGAAGGAUGACAAGUACGUCCCAGCCAGAGUCUUCACCAUCACCCAAGCUGAAGCUGAGGCAAGUCCUUCCGUCGUAACAGGUAAAGGCAAAGCAAAGCAGUGAGUGGUGCGGGCUCGAGGCAUGGACGAAACAUGUUAGAGGCUGGGCUCCAGUUAUUUUAUGUUUUUAGAAAUAAAUGUUAUGUUUUUAAAUUUUCAGACUUGAAUGGUUAUUUUCCUUAUGUUUUGUUAUUAAACCUAGCGUCCAACAUUUUUAUUUUUAAAUAAUGAGAUCUCAUUGCUGCUUAAAUUUUAAAUACAUAUGUUCUCUUAGUGUCUUAAAGUAUUUAUUGUUUAUU